GAAAACAAUAAAUAAUAAAAAUCGAAUAAAUAAACUGCAAUUGAGAAGAAAAAGAGCCCUUUCAUCUUCGCCUACUCAAUCACAAGUAUAAUUCGACACUUUCCCAUAAUUCGGUCACGGCUUACCCGUUGAGAAGGAUUCUAGAGUGGCACGCCGUUUAAUUUUAAAGAAUAUGCGUGGGUUACCCUGAAAGUUCCGUUUAUAAUUUCUAACCAGCUGAUCAGGAGAUAAGCGAGGGUGUACAGAAGAAGGAUAUUUUGAAGAAAUAAAAGAGUACAGAAGAAGGAUAUAUUUUGCGGCUUGGAGUUUCGGUCUCUCUCUAGCUAUGGCGCAUUCUUCCAGCAUGGUUAUCAAGGUAAAGUAUGGCGAUUCACUUAGGCGCUUCAGUGCCAAGAUUGUUGGGGAUGAAGUUAAUUUCACCAUGGAUGGAUUGAGAAAGAAGAUCCUUUCCCUCUUCAGCUUUGGUGCUGAUGCCGAGCUGAUUCUUAUUUAUGUUGAUGAAGAUGGCGAUGCUGUGACCCUCGCUGAUGAUGAGGAUCUUCGUGAUGCGGUGCGGCAGGAUUUGAACCCAUUGAGAAUUACUGUUAAAGUGAAUUCUGAAAAAGAUGGGCACGGCUUGAACACUGGUGUCUCUGAAGUUCUCAGGACACUACCAGGGCCCCUAAAAGAAACACUCCUGAUAUUGUUUGCUGAUUUGGCUUCCAAAGCAUCAUCUACUGAGUGUGUCCAACAAUCAGUGCAAAAUCUGAACACUGGCGUGUCCCAAAUUCUGAAAACUGUUCCAAAGCCUCUAGCUGAAACUCUCGUGAAGCUCUCAUCUGAUCUAGCAUCCAAGGCAUCAUCCUCGGCUCCUGGUGUUUUGAUUGUUGAUCAUUUAUCAAAGUUGGGUUUGUCCUACUUGGAUCAGCUUUCACAGGCUGCCCAACCUGGAAGCAGCUCCUUUAACAGAGAGGGUGGUAUUCCUGAAAGCAACACAGCUGCUAAAGAAAAUAGAGAAUUGGGUAUCUCAGCCACAUCAAAAGAUGUACAAGGUGUUAGAUCUGGCCAUGAGAGUUCGGAAAAAAUAAAUCCCAAGGUAACCUUGGGAAGUGAUGAAGUGAAAGUUUACAGUGUGGAUGGAGGAUCUAAUGACAAGUCAUCUGAGAAUAUAAAUGUCACCUAUCCUCACAUUGUUUCUUUACCAAAUUCAGGGAAGCCAGAUUUUACUUCCCAUGGUUCCAGAAAGAACGAGUUGUUGGUUAAAAAGUCCAUCUUGAAUAAAACAAAUAAUGGUAGGGAAUCAGCAUCUCCUGCCAUAUCCUCCAUUGUGCCACCAUUUUUUGCCAAUAGCUUUGAUACGACAAAGGUCGUCAGUAAUCCAGGUGAACCUAAAGUUGAACCAAAACCUGCAAAUUUCGGUGCUGCUGAUCCUAUAAUGGAUGACUGUGUUGAUAACAGGGUGAAAUCUGAUGAUUUAGGGAACACUUUAGGCCCGUUUUCUACUACUAAUCCUGGGAAUUGUUAUAUCCCGGACCAACAUUCCAGUUCUGUUCCCACAUAUCAUAACCCAUCUUUUGGGCUGCUUAUGGGGAAUGGUACUGCCGCUUCACAACCUGCUGCUGAAGUGGGUCCCUUAGGGUGGAACAUUAGUCAGAAUAAUUACAGUGCGAAUAUCUUUCAUUGUGGCGUUCGUUGUGAUGGUUGUAGGGUUUAUCCCAUAACUGGCCCUAGGUUCAAGUCGAAAGUAAAGAUGGAUUAUGAUCUGUGCAGCAUCUGCUUUGGAGAAAUGGGAAAUCAAAAUGAUUAUAUCAGAAUGGACCGCCCAGAAAUUUAUCGACCCCAUAACGUUCAAAGCAGGGACUGGAAUCAGAGUUUACAGCAACAGGUUCUCAGGAGUUUUGAGGUUAAACCAGUUGCAGAAAAGCCUGACAGUCUAUUCAUUUGUGAUGUGAACAUAUUAGACGGUACUGUUAUAGCACCUUCAACUCCAUUCACCAAAAUAUGGCGGAUGAAGAACACUGGGAAUAUUGUGUGGCCCAAGAAAACACAACUUGUCUGGAUAGCUGGAGAUAAGAUGAGCAAUGAGCUCACCGUGGAAGUAAAAAUUCCCUCAACUGGUUUAAAGGUAGAUGAGGAGCUCGAUGUCAUGGUUGAUUUCAUUUCCCCCAAGACUUGUGGCCGUUAUGUCUCUUACUGGAGAAUGGCACUACCGUCGGGCCAAAAGUUUGGGCAGCGGUUUUGGGUUGUCAUCUUGGUUGACUCUUCUAUUAAAGAGUUCCCACGUGAAAACGUUCGGGACCUGAACCUGAACCUGAACCUACCUCCUGUGAGCAGCAGCUCGUUUGCUGGGUCUGAAAUUAUCAAUGUAGAGCCUGAGUCGAUGGUUGAGGAUGACCCUUCUGAGGCCAAAAACUUGAAAACGUGUGAGAAACUAGAGCUGCAGCCAAACGUGGAGCAGGAGCUGAAAUUCCCUAUAGACAACAGCUUGUUGGUUGGGGAUGAUUUGGGGCAAGCUGUGGAUGAACUCUGUGGUGUUGCUGACUGGGAUCCUAUUCUUGAGGAGCUGCAGGACAUGGGCUUCCAUGAUACUGAUACCAACAAGAUGCUGCUGAAGAAGAAUAAUGGGAGUAUCAAGCGUGUAGUUAUGGAUCUAAUUGCAGGCGAGAAGAUUGAGUAAAUAUUAGUUACUGUAUAUAUUAAUAUUAUGCUGUUAUGAAUAAUUGGCUGGCUCUGGGAUUUGCCUUUAUUAUGGCGCUUUCGGUUGGUCUCUGGUGGUGUGUAUGAUUUAUGCUCUGUUUAACUGGUUAUCCCUCUGUUUAUACAAAGUGCUAUUUAAGUGCCCUUAUAUAGCUUUUAUGUCUCAAUGUGCUCCAAGGUUUCUUUUUCAUCUUGGAAAUGUGGUCUUGAACCUCGGUUAUGCUUGUGAAAAGUAUAAUGAUAUAUACUUGGAACUUGGAAGUAACACUAAAUUCAGA